CGGAGCUGGAGCAGAGCUGGGGGGUUUGUGUCGCUGGCUGUGCACAUGGAGGGCGCGUCGCCGCUGGAGCGGUACCUGGAGAGCUGCAGCGGGCAGGAUGACUUCUCCACUAGUCCUCAUCUGUUCACUCCUAUGAGUCCUUAUGGUUUAGAACUUCCAACUCAAACAGCUUCCCAGUUAAGUCAGUCCAAGGAGCUCCUUACAGACUUCUCCUCUGUGGAUCUCAGCUUUCUCCCAGAUGUCACCCAAGAUAGCAAAGAACAAAGCCUCUCUGAGGAUGGCCAUGGAACACAAAAAGAGCUCGAUGGGUCACUACCAAGUGAUGAGGACAGUGGUGUUCUCACGGAUGAAAGCAGCUUGUCACAGCCAGGUGCAGCUCAGCCAUCUCCUGAAGCAUCUGACAUCUGUCCUCCCCUGACUCCAAUGACUCCACUGACCCCAGCAACAUCUGCUUCAGAAAGCUCUGGAAUAGUCCCUCAGCUACAGAAUAUCGUGUCAACUGUCAACUUGGCUUGUAAACUGGAUCUGAAGAACAUAGCUCUGCAUGCCAGAAAUGCAGAGUAUAACCCAAAGAGGUUUGCUGCUGUGAUCAUGAGAAUCAGGGAACCACGAACAACAGCCCUCAUCUUCAGUUCAGGAAAAAUGGUCUGCACAGGAGCAAAAAGUGAAGAGCAGUCGAGGCUGGCAGCCAGGAAAUACGCGCGGGUGGUGCAGAAGCUCGGCUUCCCUGCCAAGUUCCUGGACUUCAAGAUCCAGAACAUGGUGGGGAGCUGUGAUGUGAGGUUCCCCAUCCGCCUGGAAGGCUUGGUUCUCACCCACCAGCAGUUCAGCAGCUAUGAACCUGAACUAUUCCCUGGCCUGGUUUAUAGGAUGGUCAAACCAAGGAUAGUGCUGCUUAUCUUUGUGUCUGGAAAAGUUGUGCUGACUGGAGCAAAAAACCGUUCUGAAAUCUAUGAGGCAUUUGAGAACAUCUACCCCAUUUUAAGAGGUUUCAAGAAACCAUCGUGACGCAGCUGGAAAAGCAAUCCAGAAUAACUGCUGGGUUUGUGUUGCCCUGCAUGGAGCAGAAGCCAAGGGGAUUCCUGGACCCAAUUGUGGAGCUGGGGAUUAUUAAGCAAAUUAUUCAUUUCUGAAAGCCACAUAUGCUGAUGCCUUUCUAUAGCUUGUGAAAUGUUCUUGUCUGUCUGUAAUCCAUAUGAGUUCUGACAACUUUUGUCAAGUUAAAACACUUGAUAAAUGAAUGCACUUUUAAUAGAAUGCAUAUUAAGGUGGCACUUAAAAAUAUUUUGUGGUAGAAGCCAUGUGUCUCCCUGUUGAACAGGUGAAUCCACACUGCAAUUCAAACUGGCUUAAUCAAAAUCCUCAGCUUGAAGUGUCCUGAAUUGCUCCUACAGUGUUGUAGCUUCAUUUUUAAGCUCCACUUAUAUUAUUGUCUGUA